AUGAGCGAAAUUACUCCAAACUUUGAGCAAAGGAAAGCCAUAGACCUGGCUAUGUCUGGACACAAUGUUUUUCYAAGUGGCAGAGCCGGUACAGGGAAAACUUUCACGGUCAAAUACCUCGUGAAAAUGUUGGAAAAGCACAAAACCUURGUGGUGACCUGUACGACAGAGAUGGCCUGCACUUUGUACGACAAGUCGAAUAARGAGUCUGGGACAGAAGAAGAAGUAAGUGAAUUAAAUGUGCUCUUGGAAGAUAUUUCAAGUUAUUUAGAAGAUCAGGCUGACUCUUCAGCAAGUACCAGCAAAAGAAAAAAGACUGAGGAAGACCAUCAAAAGGGUUUAAAGAUGAGAAAGGAAGCAAUGGAGACUUAUACCAAAAGACAAAAUUAUGAUAACGAUUCUAGUGAUGAUAAUGAUGAUGAGGAUGAUGACGAGUCUUCUGAUGAUGAUUCCACUUUAUCAACUCCAAGGAGGAAUACCAAAAAGAAACCACAAAAAGGGCAAGGCAAGUUUAAACCAACAAGAUGUGGAAAGGGUCAGAUGUUAGAAUAUCUUGCCCAGAAACAUCAAGACAACUUCAAAUUAAAGGAAAAGAAGUUGGAGCUGGAAGAAAGAAGGAUGGCUUUAGAAGAGAAGAAACUUGAAGUUGAACAAAUGAAAUGGAACACAUUAAAACACAAAUAAGUAAUUUAACUUCUUCUUGUAAUACAGUAAAGUAAUUACAAAGUCAUUGUUUUGUUUUCCUCUUACAGUAGCACACUUGAACCACUCAAGUGAGUUAAGGCCUGGGUCAGCAUAUGCAAAUUAGAUAAAAGUGGUUUAAUUUUAUA